UGGAAAGAGUAGUGGAGGUGGUAGGCUGCCAAGUUUUACUAAGAGUCCUUCUGAGAGCUUUUCUGGGAGCAUUUCUGGGUUCUUUCCAGAGAGCCUUGAUGAGAGUUGUUUUUCUGGCCAUGUAAUUUUGGCGACACUCAGCUAACAAGCAUUUCAUAGGUGGUGGAAGCAAGGCACCCGGCGCAUCGAAGAACUCAAACCUAGGCGGAAAGACCGUCUCCGGAACUGGCCCACCACGACGGUAUGGCGGUGGUGGAUACUAUGGAGGAGGAGCUGCGACUCCAUAUAAUGCCGGAGCCAAAUCCCCGCUUGGCCUAACGCCCCUCCUCCUCCUUCCGGCUGCAGCGCUGCUCCUGUUCCCAGGCAUCUGGCUCUACGGCGUGUAUGCAUACCCCUACACGCACCCGUACACGUUCCUGAACGAGACGAUCCAUAAUACGACCUACCCGAACGGCAUGAACAUGACGCUCCCCGUCAAAUGCCUAUGCCAGGAGUUCAGCGUCUGUGGCUGCGACGACAACACCAACCCAUCAUACAUGAAGGAUAUCAUCGGAAACGGAAGCCCUGCGGCGCUGAAUCAGUCGCUCGUUAGGGUCACGAAUGACAAUGGCAACAUGACCAUCGUCAUCAACGGCACGCUGCCCAACGGCACUACUGCGCCUGGUGGGACUGACUCCGCCGGCCCACGAUCUGCCGUGCUGGAAUUUGGUGGCUAUUGGGUUAUGGGUGCCAUUGUCCUCUACACUGUCUCCUUCCUAUAAUCGUCAACUCGAUUCAGGACCUUUCGUUGGAAAGCAACUGCAUUUCCUUCAGUCAUAGACCUUUCUUUUCCAUGGUCGGCGACGACCUUUUCUUCAUUAGGAGUUUUGGGCAAGGGUGGGCUUUUGACUAGGUGUUCGGAUACCCAAUGCCCAGGUGGAGGCUC